AUGAUAGCUGCCUAUACACCCCAGAAGGAGACACACCAAACACAAACCGUACAAACAGCACCAGCAAGAAGGGCCAGGAAGGAUCCCCGUUCUCUCAAUAUGCAGGGACCUGCUGCUGCUGCUGCUGCUGCUGCUGCUGCUGCUGCUGCUUCUGCUGCUGCUGCUGCACCUCCAGUAGUUGCUGCAGCAGCUGCUGUUGCAGCAGAUGCAGCAGCAGCUCAAGCGGACACUGUUAUACUGGCUGACGGAGCAGCAGCAGCAGCAGCAGCACCAGCAGCAGGUACAGCAGCAGGUGCUGCAGCAGCAGCUUGUACAGUAGCAGCAGCAGCGGUGGCAGGCACUGCAGCAGCAGCAGGCACAGCAGCAGCAGCAGCAGCAGAGACAGGAGAAAUGAUGUCUCGUGCUGAUGCUGCUGCCCCUGGUCUGUUGAGGGAGGAGACAGCAGCACAGGACGCCUGGGCCUACCCCAAGGAGAUAACGCAGGUGCUGCAGCUAGCUGCAAAUAUGUGCAGCAGCAGCAGCAGCAGCAGCAGCAGCAGCAGCAGCAGCAGCAGCAGCAGCAGCAGCAAUACCGGUGAUGCAGGCUAG